AUGGAUUUAACAAUAAAGUAUAUGUACAAUAGUCUUGAAGAUUAUGGUUUAUUGAAAGGUCCUGAUACAGCUACUAAAAUCAAAGAACUCUUGAAUGACUUUGGUUUGAACACUGAGAAAAUAUUGAAACAUGAGAUUAGCAAUCUUUCCAAAGAAGAAACUGAAGCUAUUACUACUUUAUCUGAAGAUUCUAAUUUAGUGAUAUCGAAAGUGGAUAAAGGGAACGCGACCGUGGUGUUAAACAAAGAUGAUUAUCUAUCAAAAGCUCAAGAAUUAUUGAAUGACAAAAGAGCUUUUAAAAAAUUGAAAUCUAAUUUGACAAUCAGACGAGAGCAUGAAUUUAUUAAUUUUCUACUGAAAUUAAAGAGAAACAAACUGAUUACUGAGGAUGAUUAUAAGAUUAUGAGAGAAAGAACAGGCAGUAGAACUCCAGAAGCUUAUUUUCUUGUAAAGGUUCACAAGAAUAAUCUGUCUUUAGGACCUAUUAUAUCAAGUUAUGACUCUUAUAAUUAUAACACAGCAAAAUACUUAGCCAAUCUCUUAGCAUCAGCUCUCAAAGAUGCACCGUCUUAUGUGAAAGAUACAUUUGACUUCGUGGAUAAAAUUCAAAACAAUAAACAAAUGCCAGGUUUACUCUACUCUCGGGACGUCUCAUCAUUGUUUACCAAUGUGCCCUUAGAGAAAGCUAUUCCUAUUGCUAUUGAAAAGAUCAGAAAAUAUCAUCCUCUUCUACCUAUUGAUGAUACGAAUUUGAAAGAGUUGUUCUACUACUGUACUAAAAGAACUAAUGUUAAAUUUAAUAAUGAAAAUUACGACCAGCAGAACGGUGUUAGUAUGGGUAGUCCUUUGGCACCCAUACUUGCACAUUUGUUUAUGAGUAAUUUAGAAGAGAAAAUUAUUGAAUAUCGUGGUACAAAGCCUGAUCUGUAUUACCGUUACGUGGACGAUAUUUUUAUGAUCAUGUACGGAACUCAGAAAGACCUCUAUUCAUUUAAAAAAUUUAUGAAUAAAUUACAGCCCUCGAUAAAAUUCACAAUUGAAGUGCAAGAUAAAAACAAACUUCCUUUUCUUGAUGUCAUGGUAGAGCGAACCGAUUCAGAGUUGAUUACUUAUGUCUAUCGUAAACCAACUGAUACAGGCCUCUAUCUGGAAUGGACCAGCAAUGAGCCUAGAACUUACAAAAUUAAUUUAAUUAAAUCUCUUUGUAUUAAAGCCAAGCGUAUUUGUUCAUCAGAAGCUCUGUUGAAGCAGCAAUUAGAUUACUAUGAGAAAAUAUUCACAGCUAACGGUUAUCCACUCAACGUGAUCAUAAAAACGAUUAGAGGAGUUAGACUAGGAAAGAUUAUUACAAAACAAUCUAUGAAGUCAACAAAGAAAAAAGUCUUCGUAUCUAUGCCGUUCUGUGUUUGUAUCUAUGAGUUCAACCUGAAAACUUUUCUUUUAAAACCCAUUGAAUUAUAUGUCAUUCGGCGCAGAAUUAAUGCCGUAUAAAUGGAGAUGUCGCAGUGCACCGGAAAGGAGAAAAUACCCAAAAAUCUCGAAUUUCCCGAGGGACGGCUGCGCGAUUACAAUUACAAAAUGUAAAGUUCAUACAUUGCUAUUAUCUGUAAAAUUAAGAAUUCUAGAAUUCUGAACUUUACAUACAUGUAAAGUUGCUUAUUCACACUCAUCCUCACCCUCACCCCCACAUUCACCCCUAGAAUU